AUGGACUCUUCAACAAAGGAACAGCUUCCACCGCAAGAGAAGGAUCUCGAUCGCGAUGAUACCUCAGUCGACACCCCCAAAGACAGCCCUGCUGAGACGAUCGAAGAAGAUGAAGACCACUUCAUGUCGGGUGCAAAACUACACCUUCUCAUCCUGGGGCUCAGCCUGGCAUGUUUCCUGAUGGCCUUGGACAUGGCCAUUAUCACGGUGGCCAUUCCGGAAAUCACAGAAAAGUUUCACUCCACCGCAGACAUCGGAUGGUAUGUGAGCGCGUACCUACUUACGCUGUGCUCGCUGCAGCCGCUUUCGGGGAAGCUGUACUCAAAUUUCUCUCUUAAGUGGACUUUCAUGGCAUUUCUCCUUCUCUUCGAGAUUGGAUCGGCCAUCUCAGGUGCUGCUACCUCGUCGACUAUGCUCAUUGUUGGCCGCGCCAUUGCGGGCAUGGGCGCAGCCGGCCUGAUGAGUGGGACACUCUCCAUCCUUGCCGUCGCUGUCAGUGUUCGUCUACGAGCCGCGUACACGGGGGUCAUAAUGUCGAUGUUCGGCCUCGCCGUAGUCGUUGGGCCAUUGGUCGGCGGUGCCUUCACGCAGCAUGUGUCAUGGAGGUGGGUGUUCUACAUUAACUUGCCUAUUGGAGCAGCGACUGCAUCUGUCCUAUUUCUCUUCUUCCGCCCGCCCACCCGCAAAGCAGAGCUAGAUCCACUCACAGAUCGCAUCGCCCGGCUCGAUCUUAUCGGAGCAGCCCUGUUCAUCCCGGCGGUGAUCAUGCUUCUCAUGGCUCUCCAGUGGGGUGGCCUGACCUACCCGUGGAGCUCAGGACGCAUCGUCGGUCUGCUCGUUGGCGGAGGCGUACUCGUACUCAUCUUCGGACUGUGGCAGUGGCACAAGGGUAAGGAAGCAAUGAUUCCGCCUCCGAUAUUCUUGCAGCGCUCAGUGUUCUGGGCUUGUCUCACGGCCAUGUCCAGCAUGGGAACAAUGGUCAUGCUCGGCACGUGGAUGCCCGAAUGGUUCCAAGCUAUCAAAGGCGUUUCUCCUGUCCAGUCAGGCGUGAACCUGCUGCCUUCCAUGAUUGCACAGGUCAUCGCAUCCGUCGCAGCCGGCGCCUUGAUCACCAUUCUCGGCUACUACAACCCCUUCAUCAUCAUUGGGACGAUCCUCCUCGCCAUAGGCUCCGGCCUCUUCACAACCUUCGAAAUCGACACCGGCAGCGCAAAAUGGAUCGGAUACCAAGUCAUCUUCGGCCUCGGCUCCGGCUUCUUCGUCACCAGCCCGCUCGUCGCCAUCCAAGCGGUUCUCAGCGCUGCUGACACCCCCGUCGGCAUCGCAAUCGUUACCUUCUUCCAGAUGUUCGGCAGCGCCUUCUUCGUUGCGCUAUCCCAGACCAUCUUCAACGAGCAGCUCCUGAAGCAACUAGCCAAGAACGCACCGGACGCGAAUGUGGGCGCGCUGCUAGCUGCCGGCACCGCGAGAUUGCACCUUGCAGUGACGCCGGAGCAGCUGCCAGGGGUGCUUCUUAGUUAUAACAGAGCGUUAUUGGAUCCGUUCUACUUGGGUGCGGGUAUCUCUGCGCUGGCCACGUUCUGCUCGCUGGGGAUCCAGUGGGUGAACGUCAAGGGCAAGGAGUUAGCUCCGGGGGCGGCGUAG